CAUUUGAUGCAAUAUCACGCACAAUAUGGCAACAAAAGAGGAAGAACCGUUGAAAACUCAAAAAGAAAAGCCGAGAAAGAAAACCUUCAAAGAGAAGAUUGCAUAUAUCAAAGAUAAUAUAACAAUAGAACCUGUUUUAAUGACUUACGUCGUUCCCGGAGUCCUAGCUAGAUUAGCAACUCAAAAUUUGAAUCUUGAUAAAGCUUGUCGGGUAAACUUAAAAUAUGGGGACAAAGUGUGUAAUGCUCUUAUUGCAAAAGAAGGAACAAUGUACCAGAAAGAAGAACUGCUUAUACAAGAGCUUAUUGCUUCGAUGGAAGCAUGGAAAAAUUUCAUUUUAACUGCGAUACCGAGUUUAUUGAUUCUCUUUAUAGGAGCCUGGAGUGAUAGGACUGGAAAUAGAAAGAUCUGUGUUCUACUACCAAUAGUCGGAGAUCUAUUGAUGUGUUUAAGUAACAUACUUAACGCAUAUUAUUUCUAUGAAUUGCCAGUGGAAGUGACCAUGUUUUUUGAGGCAUUAUUUCCAGCAAUAACUGGCGGCUGGAUUACUACAUAUAUGGGAGCUUUUAGUUACAUUAGUGAAAUUUCUAGUGAAGAAACGAGAACUUUCAGAGUUGGUGUUGCAAAUCUAUGUUUAACUGCCGGAGGGCCCAUUGGAACGGCCCUUAGUGGAAUAUUACUAAAACAUAUUGGAUAUUACGGGGUUUUUACUAUAAGCUCGCUCUUGUUUUGCUUUAGUAUCUGUCAUGGAUUCUUCUAUAUUAAGGAUCCCGAACGACCGAAAACUGUCAAAAAGGAGGAUGAAAUUGGUAUCCAAGGAUUCCUCAAGUCAUUUUUUGAUGUUAAACAUGUCAAAGAUACAUUGGCGGUAGCAUUCAAACAGGGACCUAAUCGACGCAGAAUAAAGUCUAUUUUAGUUUUGUGCUCCAUUGCUUUUAUAUAUGGACCAGCUUAUGGAGAGUUUACGGUGCGGUAUCUCUUCACUAGGUACCGCUUUAACUGGGAUGCUCUCAAAUACAGCUUUUAUAAUACUUUCUACAUCUGCAUACACGCGCUCGGUGCAUUAAUUUCAAUCAGUAUAUUUAGCCGGAAGUGGAAAUGGGGAGAUGCAACACUAGGUCUGAUAUCCAGUUGCAGCAAAAUUGUUGGAGGUUUAGCAACAGGUCUUUCUAGAAACUCUUUACACAUGUAUAUCGCUGUUUCCAUAGAAAUGUUUAACGCAACUUCGUUCACCGCUUUGAGAUCUAUAUCUUCUAAAUUAGCAUCCACGGAUGAGUUAGGGAAAAUGACCGCAGUUUUCAAUUUAACAGAAGUGCUAACGUCGAUGAUAUUUGGACCUAUUUAUUCGUGGAUAUACAUGAUGUCCCUUAAAAUUGACUCUGGCAUUAUUUAUUACUGCAGUACUGGACUGACGUUACCACCGAUUCUUAUAUUUGUAUGGUUCUAUAUACAAAAUAAAAAGGAAGUAAUCGACAGUAAAACAGACUCUAUAAACGCAACAGAAAAACUAAAGAAUGAAGAAUGCAAACCUAAGGAAGAGAGUUUAGUUAAUAGCAUUGAUUUGAAUGACACACGGUCUGUUUUGUGUUGAAUAUAGAUUAAAAUUUGCUAAGU